AGAUCGGUCGCAAUCCGGUGUAAUAAAGACGAGCGUGCAAAUAUAGAAAUAGAAAACAAACAAACAAACAAACAAAAAAUAAACGACUUGCGGUGUGUGAAGAGAAAAGCAAGAAAUUUGUGAUUUACGUAAUUCGUAGUGUGCUUUUAGGCGUACAGAGCCACAGGUGUAAGGCGAGUACUUAGUUGGCGAGAAAACUUUUAGAUGAAACUUCUACUUUAAGAGGCUAAAAAGCGACAUUUUCGACAAAGCAAAAACACUUAGCAGCGAAUAAGUUUAGUAAGCGCUCACUCAUUUAAGGAAAAGACAAAUCAAGCACGCCACUUAAAUACAUAUAAAUAAAUCUGCGCGUAUUCCAAAUAUUACAAAUAAAUAAGUAUUACGAAGCAUUAGCUCAGCGUUUGGAGCAGCCGCAGACGACGGACGGUGCUGGCAGCAACCAAAGUUGCCCGGAAGUCGAGGUGUCCGGUAACGGUAACCGGUUCCGAUCGUCACUUUUCCCGUUCCUUUUCCUGUUCCGCCGACGCCAGCGUGCCUAAGCGCCAGGCACCAAAAACAUUUCAGCGCCUUUGCUCGCACGCGCGCAUAUAAGUACGUACGUAUGUGUGUGUGUGUGUGUGGCUGCUAAAGCUUACGCCUCCUCUUCGACGCUUGGACUUAUGCGCUUACGUGGAUACAUCUAUUCCCGCAUGGUGAAUGCUCGUCGUAGCAUUUAAAAUAAAUUAAAUUGAAGGAGUGUCGGUUACGGCAAUUCACUUCUUUUGCCAACUCAACUAACAUUUUCAAGCGCGCAUUGUUCUUACGUGCUUACAAACAUAAAUACAUACAUGCGUAGUACCCAUAGCAGACAGAGCGCUUGUGUGUGUGUGUUUGUGUGACUGUAUAGGCGCAGAAAAAAGGCAACGGCGACGGCGACGGCAACGGCAGCUGCGUCGCAUUCGGCGACAAAAUUGUUGGUCUCCGGUGUUAUUACCUUCCGGUGUGACCGCCAACGAGGCACAAUUACCCAAACACACAGAAACAUUCGAAGGAUUUAAAUAGUUGCGAUUCGAACGUGAGCGCGUGAUUUCAUAUGUCAGUCACAGUGCUUUUUUAUUGCACACAAGUGUAUGCGUUUGAAUGCUUUUCGAAUUUUUGCUGAAGCCUCGCAUCCGAUUUGUACUUUUCAAUGCUCGCCGAUUUUGCACGGCUGAUUUGAAUUUCAAGUGUUUAUUUACGGUAAUAAAACUUCAAUUAAGCGAAUUCGAGUGUGUUACUUAAAGGAAACAUUUACUAAAAAAACUGCGUGUACCGUAAACUUUUGUGUGCGCAUAGUGUACUGAUUUCUAUUAACUGCAAGCACUUUGCCAACUUGUAAGUGCAUUUGCGCAGUUUGGCCGUCGGCGGCUUGUUAGAUAAGGCAAAAAUUGCCGCCGCCAAUUCGCGCUACGGUGCCAUGAUGCUUGACAUUAAAACCUCUGCUGAUUAUUUGUCACGUUCGACGGGAAGUUUUAGCAAUUUUUCAAUGUUAUUCGCAGAUUCUUCGUACAAAUCCUCUUGGGGAUCUCAUAGCUCUUCGCAAUCGCAGGGCUAUGGCUCGAAUGCGUUAAGCAGCGUGGGCGUGAGUGUUGGAAAGUCGUCGCUCGAUCCGCACUCACAUCUCAGACAGCCAGAUCCAUAUCAAAUGUUUGGGGCAACCAGCAGUCGACUCGCCAGCUCUGGUUCUGGCCAAAUACAGUUAUGGCAAUUUCUGUUAGAACUACUCUCCGAUUCCGGUAAUGCCGCCUGCAUCACCUGGGAAGGCACAAAUGGCGAAUUCAAAUUAACCGACCCCGAUGAGGUGGCCAGACGUUGGGGUGAACGCAAGUCAAAGCCGAAUAUGAAUUAUGAUAAGCUGAGUCGUGCGUUAAGAUAUUACUAUGACAAGAAUAUCAUGACCAAAGUGCAUGGCAAACGCUAUGCAUACAAGUUCGACUUCCAGGGCUUGGCCGCCGCCACACAACCCGCCGCCAGUGAUCCCACCUACAAGUACCAGAGCGACUUGUUCAUGACACCAUAUCAUCAUAGCGCCAAGCUGAGCUCAUUCAUGAGCCCCCACCAUGGUAUGACGUCGUCAUCAGCUUCAAUAUUCCCAUCGGCCGCUUCAUGGGGCAAUUGGGGCAACCCGGCCACGAAUCUCUAUCAGCCACACUCGAUGGGCCAUGUGACGCCGUCGCAUGUUGCGCCCCACCUCAGCUCCUAUCCGCACUAUGCAUGACCAUCAUCGUCCGGCGGUGGCUUCUAA